ACAGUCAAACUGCAGUGAAAACUGAGACCAAAGUCUUGCUCUACUGGCACUUAUGAGAUCUAGUGCUGGCAACAUGGAGAAGAUAGUCAUCUGCCUGAUGGUCAUCUUCUUGGGGACAGUGGCCCAUAAAUCAAGCUUCCAAGAGCAAGAUCUCCUCUUGAUUAGAUUGCGUCAACUUAUAGGUAUUGUUGAUCAGCUGAAAAAUUAUGUGAAUGACUUGGACCCUGAAUCUCUGCCAGCUCCAGAAGAUGUAAAGAGACAUUGUGAGCGGUCAGCUUUUUCAUGUUUUCAGAAGGCCCAACUAAAGGCAGCAAAUACGGGAGGCAAUGAACAGAUAAUCAAUGUAUUAACUAAACAGCUGAAGAGGAAACUACCUCCCACAAAUGCAGGCAGAAGACAGAAACACAGACCAACAUGCCCCUCAUGUGAUUCUUAUGAGAAAACACCACCCAAAGAAUUCCUAGAAAGACUGAAAUCACUCAUCCAAAGGAUGAUUCAUCAGCAUCUCUCCUAGAACACAUGAGAUAUGAAGGUUCCUGAGGAUCUAACUUGAAGCUGGACACUAUAUUACAUACUCUAACACAGUAGUGAAACUCACUUCUUGGUUUCUAAAUGGAGGAGUACAACAUAUUAGUGAUGGGGGAAAAGACUCAGAUAAGUGUUCAAAGUCAGGAUUAUUUCCCCCCUAUUACAAUGCAAUACUUAAGUUUGAUCACAUGCUCUGUUUUAGUCAACUUGAAAAAGCUUUAUACUCAAUUAGAGUUUGAUUUCCUAUGUUAUGGAUUUCUAUGGUUUCUAAAGUUUUUACUUUAUAUCAUUUUGCCCAACUAUGACAUUCCUUUAUUGGGGGAGACGCUUAAAAUUUUUAACCCAAAACGUAAUUUGGGAAUUUAUUGAUCUUAUAUUUACUUUGAUCUUGAUUACCACAAGAAUGAGAUCUCUGAUGAUCAUAACUUAAAAGUUAUAUACCUUCAUUCAAGCUGAGAAAUACAGAAGCAUAGAAUCAAGAUGAAAAGUUGGUCUUUAUUCUUUUAAGGAAAUGAAAAUUGAGUGUUUAAAAAUGUAUAUCUGAAGAGUUUACUUUUUAUCUCAGAAUGUCUAAUGUAUAAAUAUAUAGUUUAUUUAUGUGCCAGGGGAUAGUUUUACUAGAUGGCUACAAAAAAGUCUUAUUCCUUUAUUGGGAUUUAUCAAAAAUAUUUAAAUGCUAUAGAUAAGAAUGUAUUUAUGGAAUACACUCGUUAGUCUUUUUUUUUUUCUUUAAGUGGGUUUAAUAGUAACUUUCCCAGUUCAAGUCCCCUUAUAAGCUAACAUUUUAAGCUUGUGGAAAUGGCAAUUAAAACCUAUAGAGGGACAUACAUCAGGUGGUCUUCUGGAACCAAAUACAUUAAAAAAAAUCUUGUAGCUCUCAUCUCAAAUUGUUAUAAUGAUUAUAUGGGAGUGAGCUAGUAACUCCAAAUGUCUGUCACCUUUCAUUCUUCCUUUCUUUUCUUUCUUCUUUUUAAAGUGACAGACACCUUGUGCUUGCAUGCUUUGCAUAAGACAAAUUCAAUCACCUAUAUAAGAUCAAAAUCAGGAGACAUAUCAAGAGGCCAAGACUCCUGUCCUCAUAGAAAACAGACUUUUGCAUAAACAUUCCAAUCUUUUCAACCAUGGAUAGUAAAAAUAAGCAACCUGCUCUAACUGCCAUUUCAUAUCAACUCCAGCAGAGUUUAUUUAAAAAUGAAGUUAAAAACUCUAGAGAAAUAAAAUUUUUGCUAGAACGUUAUAAGCUAUUUGAGAAUCUCUUAUUGUUAAAAUGGCUGUGAAUGUGCAAGAGGAUAUGGGAUGAGAAACACUGUAUGUUCUGAGAAGAGAAAAUUAUCUACUUAAAAGUAUUUUAAAAACAAGUACAGAUAAAUUUAUAGUUCUAGAAGAUAUAUUAGCCAUCAGUGAUUUCAUCAACUCUCAAUGAAAUGUUGUAUCAUCAGAAACAAGGUAUUCUGUUUUAAAAAUUUUUAAAUGUUAUUACAGAGGGGUCAUGUAAACAAUAAUGAUGAUAACAUGCAUGGAGAGCCUACCUACGUAUCAAAUGGUACCAGCCCAGACUGUUGGGAUAAAAGUGGAAAGCAGCCACAAAGUUGACUAGGGAAGGGUGAAGUCUGUAUUUCUUGUUUCUGUCUUUAUAGUUGUUGACUUCUUUGACACUGUGAUUUUAUAUUUAAAAUAAUGUAUUUAUUUUGGUGUGUUUACUGUUAAAAAUCUCUGUUCUAAUCCUUUGACCAGAGAUUCUACCUUAAAAGUAAAAAUAAUUUAAUGGGGUGUUGGUUAAGAGCCUUCACUAAAACUGAGUUUAAAGACUCAGGUAAAGAUCCUAGCAACACCCCAAGAAAAGCACUGCAUUGGAAAAAACAAGAUGAAGAAGUAAAACUUGAACAGCUCCAUCUUCACUGCUCUGUGUUCAAGGCUUACCUAGCCCUCAAAAGGGAUAUAAGGCUUACCUAUAAACAUUAUUUCACCUAUGGAUGGUGAUAUAGGAGGCCUGAAAUUUUCCUGGCUGUGAAAUCAUGGUCACUUGCUUAAAUUUUGGGGAUUUCCAUUUCCUUCUCUGUAGAAUGAGGGUGUUGGACUGAAUCUCUAAGGUCUAUUCUGUCUUUUUUUAGAGCUUUAUGUGUUUAUGAGUUUCUAAAGUUCUGGAUACUCUUAUGGGAACAUCUGACCAUACUUUUGAGUAAAAUUUUUACUGAAUCUAAUGUUCAGUUACACAAUCAUAUUCAAUAGCAUUUGUAGCAACACUCACUGCAGGAACAAAA